AUGCUGAGUGGUAACCUACUGGCCGUUUUUGGGCUCUGCGCUACUGCCCUCGCUAUACCAUCUCAAAUCCCAUUUUCAUCGAUCGAACUCAUUAAGGAGAUAGAUACUUGGGCAUUGAAUCCUAAUGGAGAUGCAGCUGUCAUUCGAGUCAAGAGUGGAUCUCAACACGAGCUUCACCUUCUCGCUAUCAAUGCCCAGUUCACUGUACCAUCAGUCUCAUAUGAUGCAGCAAAUGCUCAGGCUAGGUAUACAUUCCUAGAUGACCAGACGAUUCUGACUGCCUCGCCCACGUCCGAGGGUCAAGAAGGACAAGCCCGCGGAGUAAUUUUGAGGAGCGAUCUGAAAGAGCUGGUGCACUCUGCUCAAGCGAGUGUACUAACUGUGGUGCUUCCUGAAGACCUCGUCCUAAUUCAAGUGGCUCAGCACGAAGAGGGAUGGGCGAUUAAGGGAGAACCACAAUUAGUGAAGCACAAGAAUUUGAUUUACUUAUUCGACCUUCAUGAUACCUCCUCGUCUCCGGUAUUACUUCGUCACUCCACCAAAUCUCAGUUGAUUGCACCAACGUUCGGCAAUGAUGAGCACAUCGCUUGGUUGUCAGAUCGUCAAUUAUGGUUAUCUACUGGAAAUGAUGAAUGGGAAGUUCCAUUGGACUUUGAUCUCUUCCCUGAGAAGAUCAUUUUCUCAAAAGACGGAAAAGCGAUAUACCUUCUUGCGCCUCAUGACGAUCAGCAAUCCCUAUUCCACCUCUGGACGCCGUCCAAGUCUGCAACAAAACCAAUAGCGCCGGUCAGGAUCCCGUCGAACGGUACCAUACACUCCGCCAUCCAUGUGGGGACUACACCACUUGAUCAUGCCCAUUUGAUAGGUAUUAAGAGUGAUUCGGCGAAAAGCGAAGGAAAGGAAUUAUGGGUGAUCAGUCAUUCGCCUCAUGAGGAUCCGACGUAUAAUUAUGAGAAUAUCAGAUUGACAUACUUCACUUGA